AUGAAGCUUUCCGAGCUAUGGCAAAUCCUAGUAGAUUGCGCAACAACCUCAGAAGGCAGCGAAAUCAUCUGCGUCCUGGAUGCUCUGGAUGAAUGUGAAACGAGUAGCAGGGCCUGGAUCCUACAUAACCUGGAGAAGUUCUAUUCCAACGAAGAGAUGCGGUCAAAGCCGAAGCUCAAAUUCCUGAUCACAAGUCGUCCCUAUGAAGAUUUGAAAUACUCAUUCGAGAAUUUCCCAAAGAACGCAGCAUACAUGCGCCUUGACGGCGAUGAAAAGUCAGACCAGAUCCGUGAGGAGAUAGAUCUCGUCAUUGACGCCAAAGUUGAAUUCCUGACCAGAAAAUUCGAAAAUCAGUUCAAUGCCGCUGAAAAGAUUAAGACGCGACUCAAAAGCAUGGAGCAUCGCACCUACCUUUGGUUAUACCUUACACUCAAUUAUAUUGAAGAACGACCUGCUAUGUAUUCCAAAACUUCAUCUGUGGAAAAGCUACUGUCCCAUUUGCCCAGUAGCGUUGCUGAUGCCUAUGAGAGAAUGUUGAGUCGAUAUGGCGGUGAGCCAGUAAAGAGAAUUCUUCUUCAUCUUGUUCUCGCUGCUGAAAGGCCUCUUACCCUACUUGAAGCAAACGUUGCGUUGACCCUCGCUCUCCGAGAACAAAGAAUGGAAUCACAUGCUGAUGUCAUUGAUCAAACCUGGUCACACUCAGCUUUCGAGGAUGUCGUCAAACAAUAUUGCGGCCUCUUCAUCAGCAUACACGACUCGAAGCUCUCAUUUAUUCAUCAGACAGCAAGGGAAUUUCUUCUUACCAAGCGAGAAGGAGGGGAUAUGGAUUGGGGAGGCAGCUUCAACCUCCAGCAGUCUCACGAAAAGAUGUCACAAGUGUGCCUCGAUUACUUGUUUUUCCCUGACAUCGGAGGGUAUGAAGUCAAUCUCUAUGCCAAGUUCUAUCCAUUUCUUGACUACUCAGAGGUUCAAGAUAUACCACAGCGCUUGGACUUGCAUCAUCAGCGGGCCACCUACGCAUCGUCGAGAUGCUACUUGAAUAUGGGGCUCAUAUUGAUGGCUAUGAUGUAG